AACUGGGGUUUCAUCACACAUAAGGUGAACUUCAAGAAGCCUAGCUUCAGUUGUGAGCUGAAUUUCCGCGCUUAGGCCGAUUAUUCUAUUCGCUCUUUGUGUAGGUUAUCAACGUCUCCCCUUUUAGAGCCUUGCGUCUCGGCUGCUGAGGUUGUUUUUUAGUUUGUGCCAAGUACAGCACCACCAAAGUUGUUUCAACAUUGUUGCUUGUUACCCGACCUUUAGACACACUUCUACCUGGUCAAUGGCGGAGACCGUUCCGAACAAGGCAGGAGAAGAGAAGCCGAAAGCGGCUUCUUCUCCUGCAGUCAAGGCUAAGGCUCCUGCUCCUAAAGUUACCAAGCCAAAAGCUGUAAAGCCAAAGUCUCCGAAGCCUGCUGUAUCCAAGUCGAAGGUUAAGCAUAAUCAUCCGAAGUACAUUGAGAUGGUGAAGGAAGCUAUUGUGGCCUUGAAGGAAAGAACUGGUUCAAGCGUGCCUGCUAUUGCCAAGUAUAUUGAGCAAAAGCACCCAGACCUUCCGGCCAACUGGAAGAAGACACUGGCCAUUCAACUCAAGAACUUGACUAAGGCUGGCAAACUUGUGAAAGUCAAGGCUAGCUUCAAGCUUGGGGAUGAACUGAAGCAAGCAAAGCCUGCUCGUGCUCCAGCGAAGAAGGCUCCCGCGACAGUGAAGAAGGUGGCGAAGCCUAAAGUGGCGUCGAAGCCACGACCGAAGGCUGUUCCGAAGACCGUCAAGGCCACGAAGCCAUCGACUACUAAGAAGGUUGCGACACCCGUCAAGCCCGCCGUGAAGAAGCCGUUGCGCUCAGCUCCGAAGGCGAGGAAGGUCACAGACAAGAAGCCAGCGGUUAAGAAGGUGACACCGAAGGCAAAGGCUCCAGCGCCGAAGAAGGUUCGGGCUUCUCCUAAGAAGCCUGCUGCCAAGAAGGCCAAGACAGCGGCUAAGAAGUGAGCCUUGCAGGCUCAAAUGCUGACUGAGACGAUUUGUAUAGCCUAUGUGAGAUGGCCGUCUGACUAGGAUUCUAUGUUUGGUAUAACAUGACAUGCUUGUUUUUGCGUUUCCUUUUUUAAUGUCUUCCCUGGGUCGUAGUAAUCCUCUCUAUUUCGAUGCCCUGAGUUUUUGUAGUUAACAU